AUGGCUCUUCCUCUUUCAGUGAAACGACUCACAUGCCGUAAAUGCGAAGGUCAUGGAUUCAUCUCCGUACUUAAAGGUCAUGCAGCCGUAUGCCCAUUCAAUGAAUGCAAUUGUGAUAGGUGUACAUCAGUGAUGAGUAUGCGUGCAAAUGCUUUAAUUCGUCGUUUCCGUCAUCGACAACCUGGACAGAACGCAGCCGUUCUGAAGACUAUUCGAUCCAAAAAUGGAAACAUGCGUUUGAGAAUUGUCCCA